AUGAAUGUAUUUAUUCAACAUACUAGUGCAUCAUUAUCGAAUAAUGAAAAUGCUGCAGCCAAUGUACGUGUUGAUAUGGAAACAAUAUUCAAUAAACUUAUACCUGAAGAUAAUUCCUAUGAGCAUUUAGAUGAAGGAAAAGAUGAUAUGCCAGCACAUGCAAAGUGUCCAUUACUUGGCGCAUCUAUAAACAUUCCUAUUUCAUCGGGACGUCUUGGCACUUGGCAAGGAAUAUAUCUAUGUGAACAUAGAAAUCGUGCGAGACAUCGAAAUAUUGUUGUAACAAUUAAUGGACAACCGGAAAAAUAA